AUGGAUAUCAAUAGUAUAAGUACUCCCCAGUUGGAUGAUGACGGCAAGAUGUCGUCUGCGAAUAAUGCCCCCGAAAAAAUGAAAAGCUGGCAAGAUCGUCUAUCAGGAGGCCGUACCGCGUGGUCAUCCACAGUGACUGUAGGCGGACAAAACAUCGCAGCUAGAUACUGGUACGAUGGCCAAUACGUCAACAAUGCCAAAGAAGAUGCAGCAGAAAUAGCUCUAAGCCGGAUUAAUGUCAGUCCUGCUCUUAAAUCUUUUGAGAAAGAAGGUAUCAUGUACCCCGAGACCAGCCUGGGCUAUUGGACGGACCAUACCGUAGCCCAGCCCGAUAGAGCUAGAAAGCCUGGAAUGAGCUCUCAACGUGUCAGCCAAAUGAGUGACCAAGGCUUCACCAAAUUUGCCUCCGACUUAGAAAGUAUUGGCCAAGAGGCAUCGACGAUCACGAAUUACAGGGCUUUAAAGUUGUCUACAAAAUGUGAACUUGCACAGGCCAUGGGACGCUACAGACCAAACUCGGCUCUCUCGGAUUUAUUCACCCUCACUGGAACUCAAUUCAAUGCAACAGCAUUAUCUUGUGGUGAAUAUCUUGAAAAGAAAUUUCCUCGGGUGGCUGCAAAACUUCUAUCGAGAGUUCAAAAAGAACUAGUUGAAUACACCGUCAGAGGGCCAGGAAAGUCACCUUCUUCGACGAACAAGAAAGAAAAUGCAGUCCAAGAUUCUGAAGAUGGUCAAGAUGGCUUUAAAAUCAAAUACCUCACCAUUACCGGCGCAGAGGAGCCUGCAGCAACUUUAGAACCGUGA